CAGAAGCUCGAGACACAUCACCCUGAAGAACCUGCGAGAGAAGAGAGCCACUGCUGCUGGGGAGUAAACGAUGCUUUCCUCUUUUUUGGAUUCAUUCGAAUUGCGAAAUUGUGGAUUUAUACGUGUUUGUGGAAGAUAUUGAAUUCAUAAGGAUAUUAGGCUACACGGAAUUGAUACUUAAUCAUCAUUAAAGGGGAUAGAGGGUGAGACGGUGCCAUGACAGUUGACUUGUGAUUGCAUCUAGAAGAGCCUAGAAGCCAACAGUCACCUGCAUUACCGUCAUCUCUAAGUUGGAACAUUAUCAUCAUGAAGAAAAUGUCUAACACCCUCCCACUCAGUCUGCUUACCGUUCUGCUGUUGUCCCAGAUCUGCUCCGGCAUCAAAUGGCUGGCCCUAUCACACACACCUGUGUCCUUACACAUCAACCAGACCCACCACUGCAAGCUGCUGCCGGGCCUGGUGUCUUCACAAGCCCAGCUGUGUCGGAGCAACCUGGAGCUCAUGCAGACCAUCAUCGCUGCAGCCCGCGAGGUCAAGAAGACCUGCCAGAAGACCUUCGCUGACAUGCGCUGGAACUGUUCCUCUAUUGAUAUCCCCAGUGACUCCUCAAGGUAUCGACCAGACCUUGACAGAGGCACGAGGGAGUCGGCAUUCGUGUACGCCCUGUCCGCGGCAGCCAUCAGCCACACCAUUGCGCGGGCAUGCACAUCGGGGGACCUGCGGCUGUGUUCGUGCGGCCCCAUCCCCGGAGAGAUCCCUGAGCCAGGCUACCGCUGGGGCGGCUGUGCAGACAACCUGCACUACGGCCUGGUCAUGGGCUCCAAGUUCUCUGACGCCCCCAUGAAGAUGAAGAAGGCAGGCUCCCAUGCCAACAAGCUGAUGCAUCUGCACAACAGUGAAGUGGGGAGACAGGCCCUGAGAGAUGCGCUGGUGAUGAAGUGUAAGUGUCACGGUGUGUCUGGCUCCUGCUCCAUACGGACCUGCUGGAGAGGCCUGCAGGACCUGAAGGACAUCGCCAUGGACCUGAAGACCAAGUACCUGUCAGCCACCAAGGUGGUGCACAGACCCAUGGGUACGCGCAAGCAGCUGGUCCCCAAGGACAUCGACAUCAGGCCCGUCAGGGAGAACGAGCUGGUCUACUUGCAGAGCUCCCCGGACUUCUGCGCCAAGAACGACAAGCUCGGCUCCGUUGGCACCCAGGACAGGCAGUGCAACAAGACGUCCAUCGGCAGCGACAGCUGCGACCUGAUGUGCUGUGGGCGAGGCUACAACCCCUACACAGAGAAGCUGGUGGAGCGCUGCCACUGCAAGUACCACUGGUGCUGCUAUGUCACGUGUAAGAAGUGUGAGAGGAUUGUGGAGAGAUAUGUCUGCAAAUGAAUCCAUGUUGUCUACUUCAUCCAUCCAUCCACCCACCCACCUAACCGCCCCACGUCUCUGGGCUGGGGCCACAGAUAACCAAAGCACUACGUUUACGAGAUGGCUUACUUUUGUCUUAAGCUUUAGCAUGUAUAUUUUGACAAGAAACAGUUUAUUUUUGUUCAUAAUUUUUUAUUCAACUCUGACCCACAAGCUGGACUAAAAAGUUUUAAAAUUUUACGAACGUGGUCAAAUAGGUGUUGUGACAAUGCCUAUCGGUUUACGUGAAGACCACCGUCCUCAAGGGUUUUGUCUUUCCUUACACUUUCCUUACACUUGCCAUACUUGGAUAUCAAAAGUCUAUUUUCGUAUACCUUUAUUAAAAUAAAUGAUAUUGGAUGUUUGUUUUUUUGUACUUCUGGUCACGCUCUGAUGUUGAUGUUCACCGUUUCCACGGAAUUCAAAGGGUUCUGAAGGAUCCAUAUUUUUUAUUGCUCAAAUGGUACUUGUUUUUUCAAGAGCGAAAGAGACGGAAAGAAAGAGAGGAAAAAGGUGCUAAACACACAAAGGGAACUUCAAGUACUUUCAGUUGUGGAACUUUUUUAGUAACUGGUGUUGAACUCUGGACACUUGAGCACUGGAGCUCGACUGGGGACUCGCCUGCAGGCAGACAAUUCUGUGUGAAUCCUCAGAAAAAGGAAAAAUAACUCCCAGUGUUAGAAACAGCACAUUAUCCCUAUAAUGUCUGACAUGCAGGUAGUCCAAAGCCUAACACUCAGAGUAUGCGAAAGGAACACAUGGGUCUCAUAUAAUCCUGUGUUAUUAUGAACCACUCUUGUGUUGAUGUACAUACUGUCUUUUUGUAUGCUGAAUUAAAUAAUUAAAUAUUUAUAAACUAAUUAAAGAAUCUUUACCAAGCUCUUUAGAAAUUACAUGUUUUUCCUUUCCCAAGACCGCACAUCAUCAUCAUCAUCAUGAUGAAAAACAUGUUGGUCAUUUACAAAAAACUUGGCAAGAGAACUACAUAACCUCACAGGCUGAUGUUUUUGGAAUAGACUAGCUAUAUUUCUUCCCCUCAAAGCAUUACUGUUUUAAUCUCCAAGUGUUAAGAAAAUAUCAAUUUCAGACAAUGAUCUGUGAUGCUAAGAUAAAUGAACAGACUUGUAAUGUGUUGUAGUGUUCAAUCUAAAGGCCAAUUUGGAUCAAUGUCUCAAUUACAAAAAACCUGGGAAGGUGUUUGUUUGGACAUUCCUCACUGUCACAAAGACCAUUCUAAGAAACCAUGAAUUAUAUCACAGGUUUAGCCUAACGCUCAUAUGAAUAAGGAGAGAUCUUGGAAAUGGUUGAACCUCCAAAUAAAAAACAAAAUACAUUUAAUUUAUUUAAAUACAAAGGGUUAGGUUGUUACUAAAAGGAACAGAACUUGUCAGUUGGCACUCUGUAAGUCAGAAGUAUUACCCGCUGACCAAACCUUGUGUUGCCUUGUGGUUCUCAUGAUUCUGAACAGACACAAACAGCUAGCGAGGGCUUGAAUCUAAGCAUCUUGGCCAAUGCUGUGCUCUGACACAUUGAGGCUCCAACUUGAACAAGCCGAACACAUGUACCAGUAUUGACCUAGCCUGCCCAUGGGGGCACAGAUGCUGCCAACACAGCUAGAACAAUAUAGAACUGCAGGGGAGGUAUGUUUAAUAGAACGCAAUCAUUGUUACGUUAGCUUUUCUGAGGCCUUUUAUGAGCUCGGUUUGUGUUUGCAGCAGUCAAUUACUGCUAACAAAUUGGUUGAUAGGCAUGUUUUAACAGAUUAAAGUCUUUCUAUUUUAGGAAUUAUUAGAAAUGUACAGCGGAGUGGAUUCCAGAUACACUGGUAAGGCGAAAGUAGCCAACUGUAAAUGGAAGUCGACGAGUAAAGUCGGGGGAGGUACAUAGGCACCGACAGCAAGUCGGACAACUUCUGCUGUUUCUAGGAAACGUGACAAUGGGAGAGGCAAUCGCCUUUGUUAUUGCCGAUGAAGUUGAAGUUAUCAAAAUUCCACUUCUACACGAAGCUAAACAUGAUCAACAUGUUCCAAGGAAGGAAUAUUUUGAUGAUAAGGAAAUAAGAUACCAGUCCAAGCUCUUUAUAACAUUCACAAGACUUGUUUGGUAUUGGUAUUCUCAAAAUAUAACCAGGUAGUGAGUGCUACUAGAAGGCUACUAGAAUGAGAACAUGCAUACCUCUGUAAUUAUUGGUACAGUGAAGCAUUUUGUCUUCUUUUGUCUUUGUACUCCAGCAUUUUGGAUUUGAAAUGAUACAAUGGCGAUGAGGUUAAAGUGCAGACUGUCAGCUUUAAUUUG